AAAAUCAUCACAGCACAUUCCUGGGUAGUCCUCAGCUGCCAGCAUCUGAUUAAAACCAUAUCUCUCGCUGUGAGUGGCUAGCUCAGCUGAAGGCUGGAAUACAACUGAAUAUUUAGCCGGGCCCACGGUGUCAGCUAGUCUGCCGGCUGCCGCCCGAGGAUUACGCAGGAGUAGCUCGGAGCUAGUCUGUGAAGUAUUAUGCCUGCCUGAUCGCUGCUGGGACUUCCAACCCAUAGCAAGUAUCACUUUAAUGUUCUGGAGUUGAGGCUAGCCUCCAUCUCACAAUGUCUAACGAAGUAGAAACCACUAAUGUCAACAAUCAGCCUGAACAGCAGGCAGCCCCAAAAGCACCUGCAUCAAAGAAAGAGAAAAAGAAGGGAUCAGAAAAAACAGAUGAAUUUCUUCUGGCCAGAUUCAAAGGGGAUGGAGUAAGAUACAAAGCCAAGCUGAUUGGCAUUGAUGAUGUUCCAGAAGCAAGAGGAGACAAAAUGAGCCAAGAUUCAAUGAUGAAGCUGAAGGGAAUGGCAGUAGCUGCCCGCUCCCAGGGACAGCACAAACAGAGGAUCUGGGUGAACAUCUCCCUUUCUGGUAUCAAGAUAAUUGAUGAGAAAACUGGGGUCAUAGAACAUGAGCACCCAGUAAACAAAAUCUCCUUUAUUGCUCGAGAUGUGACUGACAACCGUGCAUUUGGCUAUGUUUGUGGAGGAGAAGGACAGCACCAGUUUUUUGCCAUAAAAACGGCACAACAGGCAGAACCGCUAGUAGUUGAUCUUAAGGAUCUCUUCCAAGUAAUUUAUAACAUCAAGAAAAAGGAGGAAGAAGAUAAGAAAAAGAAUGGCAGUGAAGCCCUGACUGAUCAAGUUGACAAAAUAAAACUGGGUGUUGACCAGAUGGAUUUGUUCGGUGAUAUGUCCACUCCUCCUGACCUGAACAGUCCCACAGAGACUAAAGAUAUCCUGUUAGUGGAUCUAAACUCUGAAAUUGAGAGCACUCUCUCUUCUGUAAAAGAGAGUCCCUUCUUGAAUGGCAUCACCGCCUCUCUUCCACAACCCAAGUCACAGACACCUUUCUUGCCUGAAAGUUCUUUCACUACCAAUCUGAGCUUCUUCCCCACACCCAAUCCAGAUCCUUUCAGUGAUGAUCCUUUUGCACAACCAGACCAAUCUGCACAACCUUCAUUUGAUUCUUUAAAAUCUCCAAUUCAGAAGAAGGAAAGUCUGAGCUUCUUGGGUAAUGGUGCUGUAAAUGGUGAUAUUGACUACUUUGGUAAACAGUUUGACCAGAUUUCUAAUAGAACUGGCAAACAGGAGAUGCAGACAAGCCAGUGGCCAGUUGAGAGUAAGCCAAUGCAGCCAGCAGCAAGGACACAAAAUGGGGUGCCCGAAAGAGAACAGAAUGGUUUUCUGACCAAAUCAUCCAACCUAUUUGCGGAAAGCCCUUCCAAAGGAUUGUUGCUACAAAAUGGAGCAAAGCUGGACUCUGAAAGCAAUAUCCAGCUCAUGUCACAUGACUCAAUAACAAUUAGCCCACCUCCACAAAGUACCAAGCCAGGAAGAGGAAGGAGGACUGUUAAGACCCCAGCAAGUGACUUGUUCAGCUCAGAUAUCUUUGCAUCUACUACAACAGAGGCCCCAGGCCUGACUUCUGCAUCACAACCUUCACUGGUGCAAACCAAUCCCCUGGAUCUCUUCCGAACCAGUCCUGCCAUCACACCAAUGGCUGGCCUAGGUGGCUUGCCAGCAACAUCUCCAACACCAUGGAGUCAGCAGUCCUCAGUGUUCAGUCCUGCCUCAUCAGUAUUUCCUGCAUCCGUGAUGGGUGCUCAGCCUACAGGAUUUACUCAACCGCUGGCCUUCAGUGCUCCUCCAGCAGUCUCUGGUUGGGGUCAGCCGGCAUCCUUUGGAGCCCCUUCUCCAUCUCCUGGUCUCUGGGGUCAGCCAGCCCAUGUCUCCUCUACUACAUGGGCACCACCAUCCACCAUUGGAAAUCCUUUCCAGACCAGUGUGUUUCCAACUCCUACACAGUCUCCUGCUAUGUUGUCUUCUGUCUCUGCAACUAGCCCUCCUCAGCCACCACCGAGAAUUGCACUCCUGAAGGAGCCAUCCAAGAAGGAAAGUGAUGCCUUCACCGCCUUAGACCCACUAGGGGAUAAAGAGAAAAAGGAUGUAAAAGAGCUGUUUAAAGACUUCCAGCUGACAAAGCCACCCGCAGUACCAGCAAGGAGGGGAGAACAGCAGCCAAGCCUUCUAGGUGCUUCUGGUGCUUUCACUAGUUACUUUAAUAGCAAAGUGGGCAUUCUUCAAGACAACACUGAUCAUGACGACUUGGAAGCCAAUCAGUUGUUUACUAAAAUCAGUGAACCACCGAAACCUGCUCCCAGACAAAGCACUGUGCCAGCUUCCAAGCCUGACAGCCUGUUUGAAAACCCCUUUGAAACAGAUCCUUUCAGCACCUCCUCACAACUCUCUACUGCAUCUCAGCCGUUGCCAUCUUCUGAUCUGUUUGAUCCUUUUGGAAACCCAUUUGCAUAAUUUGAAAGGUGUAAUGAGCAAAGGACAAAUGGAAUAACCAGAUACAUCACCAUUUUCUACAAGGGGUCUCUUUCUUUGCAUUGCCUGUCUGCCUUCAUCUUUGUUGCCUCUGAGUGUUAAAUGUCUGCUGUGGACUGAAAUAUGAGUCCUCCUAGUGAACCUGCUGUUAACAUAAUUCAAGAUGAAGCCAAGGAAAACACCCAUACUUUCGUGCUUGAGGUCCAGAUUCAAGUUGGUGGAUGUGAAUUCUUGUUCUGUAGCCUCUCCAGUUUCUUCUGAUUAAGAACUACUUAUGUCUUGUAGGAACACUGACUUUUCAGUCUUGUUAUGGCUUUUUUUAAAGAUGAUCACCUACACUUAAACCUUGAGGCACUUGAUUGUAAUAGUUGGGUACCCAUUUUGAGGCAGAAAUCAUGCAUUCUCCUCCACAUUGGGAAAAGGAAUUGUGGUUUUAGAAUUUUGCAAAUUCUGCAUCACUUGUAUUUCAAGUGUGGGGAAACUUACCUGUAUUUCACUGAUGGUGCUGUCUCUACAAAAUGGCAGCCAACUAAAGGUUGUUUUAAACCUCUUUUCAAUGUACAAUAGUCUUCUUGCAUUUAUGGUGAUAGUACAACUGGUGAUGUCUUAUGGCUUUCCUCUUUCUCUAUAGCAGAAAACAAAGUGCAUGCCAAUUCAUAUUGAAGAUGGCAAAACAUGGCUGCCGAAUCUGGAGAGGCAGGGAGUAUAUGGAACAAACUCAAUCAAAACUGUUUCUGCUUCACAAGUUAAAGUUUUAGGAUCUGAAUUGGACCAAAAGCUGCUUAAAAAUACCUCAUACAAAUUUCAACUUGUUAAAACCUCAGGCAGUAGACUCCUCAAAGGGUUUUUGGGGCACAGAGGGAGAGCAAUCAAAUAGGGUACUGGAUCCUAUUUUCUGUCAAAGCUUGACAGAUGACACUAAGCAAGUGGGUUUCUUGUGGAAUCUAAUUUGGUAAAUGUCCCUAUUGCUCUGAACACAAAUCAAUGAGCUGUUGUCACAGCAUGGUUCCUGUAUCGGUUGGAAAGGCAAGUGGCAAUCUUGUAUUAAUCUUUACUUCACUUGAUUGAUACCUUAGUCUUGUGCAUUUUGAUGCACCUCAUUUGAGGUAGCUAUCCAUCUCUCAAACAAGAUAGUACAGAGGUUCAAAGAUACUAACUGGCUUGUAUGUAAAUCAGUCACUUAUAAACUAAAUUGUUAGGGUUACAUAGAUGAUUGGACAGAGGUCUAAAAAGCAAUUACCAUUCUGAUGGCUAGUUUCCUAUUCAAGUUUAGACUUGAAUACUAUCUUUAAUGUUCAAUUGGCCAUCUAAACUCAAGCUAAACUGAGAUUUAGGUCUGGAAAAUCUGCUUGAAGGCAACUUUAGUCAAUUCAGCCAGUUGUGCAACUUGUUCUGUAUAUAACCUUUUCUUUUGUGCACUUUCCUGCAAUGCAAUGAAGUUAUGAAUUUAAGUACUUGUGUCAAACUGGAAAUGUAGAAACUUCAGAUGUUACUAUUAUGUAAACUGUAGUCUCAAGUAAUGGUUUCUAAUGACAUUAAAAAAUGCAGCUCUUAA